CGUCCCCAUCUCAGCAAUGACCCGGGCCGUGGAGCCGCCGAACUGAGACCGGGGAGCCGCGCCGCCGCCGAGGAGGACCCGAGAGGGUGACGGUGGAGCGAGCGGCGGCGCGGGGACAGCGACGGGCGGACGGGCGGAGCUGCUGUUGCAGCUGCUGCAGGGCAGGGCAGGGCAGGGCCCCCGAGACCGCCGGCGGCGGUUUGCCCGCGGAUCGCGGGCGCGGGUCCCUUCUGCCCGGCCCCGCCGGUGCGCCCCGCCCCUGCACGCACCGCAGGCCCAGGCGGAGCGGCUGGGACGCCCCAGCCCAGCCCGAGCGCCGCGGCAUCCGAGCGGGAGCCGGAGCCCGAGCGGGACCGGAGCUGGAGCCGAAGCUGGAGCCGGCACUGCGGCGCACGGAGCGGAGCGCCGCAGCCAAGCCGAGUCUGUCGUCCUCUAUGAAAUGAGGACUCUGGACCUGUCUUUAAGAAUUGGUCCACACCUUACAGCCCCAAGGCACUGGGGAUGCCCAUGGAAGACAUGGGAACAGUGAGUAGAGAAGUCAGAGCUGUGCUCGUGGGCAGGCUGGCUCCGCUGUUCUGCUCCAAGGAUUACAUGUCCUUCAAACGCCCUUGCCCCUUAGCACGAUACAACCGUACCAGCUAUUUCUACCCCACCACGUUCUCCGAGAGCUCUGAGCACAGCCACCUGCUGGUGUCUCCAGUGCUGGUGGCGAGCGCUGUCAUAGGUGUGGUCAUCACUCUCUCCUGCAUCACCAUCAUUGUGGGAAGCAUCAGAAGGGACAGACAGGCCCGGAUCCAGCGACACCACCAUCGCCACCGCCGCCACCAUCACCAUCACCGCCACCGCAGGCGCCGACACCGAGAAUACGUCGCAGGGGUGACAUCCAUGAGAGCAGGACCCGUGUGUGGUCCACCCCACCUGCAGCCCAGAGGAGGUUUCUCAGAGGCUAUGGAAGGACUGACCCUCAGGAGUCUUUGUGCAUCCGGAGGACACACACACAGCCGUUCCAGCCCCAGGAUGCCCCAUGCCUGCAGCCCUGCUGAGGACUGGCCCCCGCCCUUGGAUGUCAGCUCCGAGGGGGAUGUGGAUGUCACCGUGCUCUGGGAGCUGUACCCAGAUUCUCCACCAGGCUAUGAGGAGUGCGUGGGACCAGGGGCCACUCAGCUGUAUGUCCCCACGGAUGCACCACCACCCUACUCCAUGACUGACUCCUACCCCAGGCUGAAUGGCGCCCUUGACUCAGACAGUGGCCAGAGCCGCAGCCGCCGUCAGCAAGAGCAGAGGACCCAGGGCCAGAGCGGCCUCCGCACUGUCUCCAUGGACACGCUGCCACCUUACGAAGCCGUGUGUGGGACAGGCUCUCCAUCUGACCUGCUGCCAUUGCCGGGACCAGAACCACGGCCAAGUAACUCCCAGGGCUCACCCAUCCCAACCCAGGCUCCGAUCCCCAGCCCUGAAAGGAUUGUGUGAGUGGCCAAGCCUGGAAGUCCCGCUGGUCCUUCCAGGUUACCCUGUCUCCUCCAGGCAUACAGGUGCACACACAACCCACGCACAUGCAUAUAUAUAUAUGACUAUCAAUAUAUACUGACAUACCCCAAGUGCUUACACUGACACAUCCCACGCAUAUGUAGACACCUGCAUAUGCACGGGUCCCACGACCACACAAACUCACCUGGGAAGGUUUUCUUUGGAUGAAGUGUUCCCUACCUGGUAUCUCUUCCUCCCCCAGGCUGGUGCCUGGUGGCCGUGCCUCUCUGAACAGUGCUGGGCAGAGGUGAGAAUCCUCUCCCCAGCCUCCUCCAGGCCGUGGCCACAAUCCGAUUCUCCUGCAGAGACUGCUUGGUUCGCCUCCUGCCAUAACUCCUACCCCAGGGCUUAUCCUACUGGGAGCUGAGACGGGUCCCAGUGAGGUCCCACUGUGCACUGUGCCUAUCUCUCAACUCCAGGACUGAAGAGCCACAAUGUCACUGUCCUCCCACUUCCAAGGUGGGAGAAAAACAGGUCUGGUGGCUUAGGCAUGACCUGGAGGUCCUCACAGACCAUUUAGCCUGUCUCGAUGUCCUCAGUUUGGUGGUGCUAGUGGGGUUAGCUCAGACACCCACCCUAAGUUUCAGGGGGAGACAGGCCCUUGGGCCUGUGUUAUGGAGGAACAACACGGUUCUUCUGAUGUCCAUGCCAGGAUUGAGAGCUCAAGACAAACAAGGUGUGGGUGGACCCCCCCCCCACACACACACACAAUGCUGCUUAGACACCAUUAAGAGGAGGCACAGAAGAGCCCACUGCUCAGUUAAGUGCCCAGCCAGCCCUGGUGGCCUGGGUCUAAGGAGUCUCAGACCACCCAAGAGCCAAUGCUGUCAUCCAGGGUGGCGACUCCCAGCUGGGGAUUGGGUUGAUGAAGUCUGGCCUUGCCUCUCCGGGAUAUACAGAGACAACACACACACACACACACACACACACACACACACACACACACACACACACAAAUGUACCCCACAAAAAACAAACAAACAAAAAACCUCCAUGUCACUAUGAGACCAGUGUCUGCUGCCUACAUCCCAUCACAGAAGCAGGUGUGUGGAGGCAGCCGUUGGAGAUAGGCUCAGAGCUGGAGCCUGUGAGCUCCAGCGAUGUGAUCUCCAUAUAAGGUGACGAGGCCAUCUUUGAAGACCCAGCUUGCCAAAAGCUAAGCACCUUUGAGGAGGGUCCCCGUCAGCACUGCCGCUGGCAGGGAGUGAGACCUCCUGUCUCCCGGACUCCGACCUUCUGACGUCAUCCCAGAACAGCAGACCCAUCCCCACUGAACCCCUUCCCACAUUCAACUCCUCCAAUGAAGGGCUAAGAAAAUUCAGCAAUCCCUUUCCUAAGCAGAGGGGUAGCAGGAAUGGCUAUCUUGAUUUUUAUUUUCUAUAGAAAUAGCAUUUAUUCUGAUGCAGAGCCGAAAGGGCCCAACCCACAGGUU